CAAGACUUUCAAAAAGCACGCUCGCAGCCAACUGCUUGGAGACCAUCAUCCCACACCCAUUGCUCGCGUUGCCAACCAUGCGCGUCACCGUCUCCUUUGUCCUUCUCAUCGCCACGCUGGCCUCUUUAGCAGCAGCAGCGCCGGCAAAUGGCAGUAGCGGCAGCAGCAGCAGCAGCAGCAGUAGACGUCAAAAGAGCGUGAUUCAGCUCAUCUCUGACGGCUUCGGACCAGCAUCAGAGACCUUUGCUCGAUCCUUUGUUCAAGCGCGGGACAAUCUGCAGUGGAACGACACGCUAGCACUGGACAAGUCCAUCGUCGGCACCAUUCGAACGCGAUCGACGGACAGUCUGGUGACGGAUAGCGCUGCUAGCGCUACGGCUUACUCUUGCGGCAUCAAGAGCGUCAAUGCGUACAUUGGCGUCGACAUUGAUCAGAAGCCUUGCGGAACUGUGCUCGAGGCGGCAAAGCAGAAGGGCUACAACACCGCCCUCGUCACCACCAGCAGAUCCACCCACGCAACACCGGCAAGCUAUGCAGCUCACGUGCCUGAUCGCGAUGAUGAGAACACGAUCGCUGAGCACAUGCUCGGCGGUACGGUGCUGGGAGCGCGCGUCGAUCUGAUCUGGGGCGGUGGCAGGCGACACUUUUUGCCAAACACCACCAGCGGAUCUUCGCGCAAGGAUGGCCGGGAUCUGAUCGGUGAGGCCACAUCAGCGGGCUGGAGCUAUCUCUCUACUCGCGCCGAAUUCGACGCUUUGAACAAUGGAAGCGACGUGCAGCUACCGUCGUUGGGACUGUUCACAAGCAGUCAUAUGAGCUACGAGAUUGACAGGCUAGCGCAGAACAGCACGGUGCAAGAGCCCUCAUUGGCUCAAAUGGCCAUCACCGCUCUCAAUGCGCUCAAAAAGCAAGACGAGCCCUUUUUCAUCAUGAUCGAAGGAGCGCGAAUCGAUCAUGCGGGUCACAACAACGAUCCCAUCGGUCACUUGCACGACAUCCUAGCUUAUCAGGAAUUGUGGACAGCCGUAUCUCGAUGGGUGGACGCUAACGACGCUUCGCAAUCUUCCGAUGACCCUGAAAUCGUCCUGCUCUCCACUUCCGAUCACGAGUGUGGAGGUCUGACGCUCGCUUUGCAACGUCCCGAAGAUGAAGAGGCGGAGUAUGCUUGGUAUCCAGACGUGCUCAACAACAGCACGCACUCGACCGAAUACCUAGCAGCUCAAUUCUACGAGUACGCCGAGGCCGAGAAUCGCACGGAGGGCGAGCUGCGCGAUUACAUGGUGCAAAGCAUCCUGCCCAGUUUGGGUCAAUCCGACAUCGACGAAGACGAAACUGCUCGAGCGCUAGAGCUGGCAAGGGAAGAUGAUGAUGGGUUGGCCCUGACCAUCUACCUUGCUAGUCUGGUCAAUUGGAGAGCUCAUCUGGGCUGGUCCACCACUGGACAUAGCGGUCUCGAUGUCAACCUGUAUCUGCACGUAGCGCCUCAGCACGCGCAACAAAAGCUGGCCGCUUCCUUUGUGGGCAAUCACGAAAACACGUGGAUCGGAAGCUGGACGGCUUCCUGGUUAGAGUUGGAUUUGGCGAGCGUGACGCGCCAAUUGAACAACGGUACGCUGGUGGGAGCGGCGGGCGAGGGAUCUGCGAACCUGACCACUCCUACGGGCAGGUAUCACGGAGGACCUAAACACGUCUUGCCCGCUCUUCCUCCUCGUAGACGCAGCGUCGGCUAUUCUCACAAGGAGAAUACGAUGCUCAGAGCAGAGGAGCGCAGUCAUAGCAUGGCGAGCAAGAGGCGCGCGCACGCGGAGCUCUAGAAGCCCUCUCACGAGCCCUGCACGUUCCCCUCUCGCUCAACCCAUUGCUGGUGCUUUCCCGCAUUCCCCCCUCCCCUCCCCCCCGCCGCUCCGUCUUGACAAGACGUCAUGUUCAGAUACCCCCCUUCUUGGACC